ACAAAUUAGUAACAUGGUGCAAUCGUGCUGUGUAACUACGUGCUGCAGUCGUUCCCACGAUCGCCACGGUAAAAAAAACGAAGGGGUGAGAUUUUUCUCAUUUCCAACAUGGAAGCAAAAGCAGGGACCUCUGAUACGCGAGCUAACAAAGAGACGCCGAAUAGCCUGGGUAGCAGCCGUGAAACGACCAAACAUCACUUUCUACGCCAUCACCCGACACAUGAUGGUGUGUUCACGGCAUUUUCUGACUGGGAGACCUGCAUAUGAAAUGAAUGAAACUCAUCCAGACUGGGCUCCCUCGUUGCAUCUCGGACACACGGACGUGAAAACAGCAAAUUAUGACAGAUAUUAUCGGAGGAUGAUACGGAACGGUGCAACACCAGCCACCAUUCAAGCUGUUGAGCCUGAGGAUGGAGCAGCUCGGAACACAUCGCAGAUGCCUGCUGUCGAUGGGGAUCCACAGCAGAACUGCAUUGUAGAGAUUCAGCAGUGUGCCUCCAACAACGUGUUUGUAUUGAAAGGGAUGUUUUCUCUGAGGAGCAACUGUGGAAACCAGAAAGGGAACUCCAGUCUGGACCAGGAGGAACCAGACUCCUCUCAGAUUAAAGAGGAAUACGAGGAACCAGAACUCGGACAGAUUAAAGAGGAACACGAGGAACCAGACUCCUCUCAGAUUAAAGAGGAAUACGAGGAACCAGAACUCCGACAGAUUAAAGAGGAACACGAGGAACCGGAACUCCGACAGAUUAAAGAGGAACCAGAGGAACUAGAGCUUCCAGAGAUCAAAGUAGAACACGAGGGACUUGGUUGGAUACCUACAAAUUAAAGAGGAACAUGAGGAACCAGAACUCUGACGGAUUACAGAGGAAGUGGAGGAACUAGAACUUCCGCAGAUUAAAGAAUAGGAAAAGGAGGAACUCCAACCACAGAUUAAAGUUGAAGAUGUGGAAUUUGAAGUUUUGCAGGGUAAAGAGGAGGACGGGGAACCGCGAGAGGAGGAAAUCUACACCUGUGAGGACACAAAACAGGAGGAUGGGACAUUUCUUGAAAUUGUGACUAAUGAGAAAAGUGGCCAGAGUUACUCAAAACCAGAUGACCAGGAGUUUCACCUUGGUAACACUGUGUCAGCUGUGAUUCAGAGAUAAAUUGUUGAACGUCUCAUAUAAUCAGCAUCAACAUUCAUUGUUAAUUCAGGUGAGAAGCCAAAAUCUGGC